GUGAGAAAUGACUGCGUUUUGAGUCUUUGUCCCCUCACCAUCCCCCCGUUCCUCUCUCAUCUUCCUCUUCCUCUCCCUUCUCUUUCUCUGCACUCGAUCUUGCGCUUCUCUUGUCGUUGGUUUUCUUCCUUUUUUAAAUUUUCUUAAACAAAUCCUUUCAAAUCUAGGCUUCGAGUUCCGGAGCUCUCUAUAUAUCUCUUUUCCUCCUUCUCCCUUUUCUUUCUAUUUCUUUUCUCUGCACUCUCUUUUUCUUAAUAUUUUCGCACUUCCCUUAAAAUAAACAAAAGCUAAAAAAAAAAAAAAACAACAGUUUCAUUUGUUUUUUAAUUCUCUUAUUUUUAAUAUUUUCCUUGUUUUCUGUUUUCCUUUUGUUUCCCUUUGAUGUGCCUAUGGCUGGUUUGGAUUUAGGUCCUUCUUCUCGCUACGUUCACCAGCUUCACAGGCCGGACUUCAACCUCCAAAUACAACAGCAACAGCAUCAACAACAGCAACAAGCUGAUUCGGAGGAAGACAACAACCACGGUGGACAGUACUCUGGAGAUCACCUGGACGAUGGUCCCCAUCAUGGUCUCGAGCUGGUGGCCGCCAACAUAGCUGGACCUGGGGAUAUUGUGGCUCGGCGCCCCCGAGGCCGACCCCCGGGGUCAAAGAACAAGCCCAAACCACCGGUCAUAAUUACCCGAGAGAGCGCGAACACGCUCAGAGCCCAUAUUCUUGAGGUGGGGACGGGCUGCGAUGUGUUCGAUUGUGUGGCCACGUAUGCGCGCCGUCGACAGCGCGGGAUCUGUAUUCUAAGUGGCAGCGGGACUGUAACCAAUGUCAGCCUCAGGCAGCCGGCAGCGGCAGGAGCCAUAGUCACGCUUCAUGGGAGGUUCGAGAUUCUAUCCCUCUCGGGAUCUUUCCUUCCACCGCCGGCUCCACCUGGGGCAACCAGCCUGACCAUCUUCUUAGCCGGUGGGCAGGGGCAGGUAGUGGGAGGAAGCGUGGUGGGGGAGUUGACCGCGGCGGGGCCAGUCAUCGUCAUCGCAGCGUCGUUUACUAAUGUUGCGUACGAGAGGUUGCCGCUGGAUGAGGAGGAGCAGCUCCAAAUACAGCCGCCAGCUUCACAGGGUUCGGGUGGUGGUGGUGGAGGUGUGGGGAACAACCCGUUUCCGGACCCUUCUGCGGGGUUUCCUUUCUUGAAUUUGCCGCUUAAUAUGCCAUCGAAUGUUCAGUUACCAGUUGAUGGGUGGGCGGGGACCUCAUCCGGCCGUAAUCCGUUUUGAGGCGAUGGAGUUCUGGGUGUUCGCGUAACGCGAUCUUUCGGCCUUGAUAUGGGAAUUUAAGAGCUUUUCUGGAGGUUUUUUGCAUUGGAUAAGAGAGACUUCUGGUUAAAGGUCAGGAAAUUCAUGGACUGUCCUCAACGUGGUUAAGUUUCUUUUUUCUUUUUCCUUAUCUUCCCCCUCUUCUGUCGAUGUUGUACCCGCUUUUUCUCCUUGAUCUUCUUCUUCUUCUAGUGCCACUUCCUCGUUGGAUUUUGGUCUCGUUGAUAUCUGGAAAUAGUCUUCUGUGAUGGUGGAACUCUCUUUUACUUAUUAAUUUGAAAUGGUUUGAUGAUUCAGCUUUCUAACAAAA